AUCGGGGCGAAAGCGGAGACCAAGAAGAGCGAGAGAUACAAAAGAAUUAGAUUCAAAAUGUAAAAUGUAAAUGGGUAGCACAUAAAAAUUUUCAAUUUCCAGUUUUCUUUUCCAUUUCCAUUCGAAGGGAAAGUCAUCGGCCUGCUCAGGUAUAGACACACGCCCAAGUUAGUUCUUAAAAUGUCGCGUUCGUGUUUGGAGGUCUUGCUGGGAUUGCUAUUCAUCCUGGCAGCUGGAGAGGCCAGCGAGAAGCUGCCGGAGUUGCGAUUGGAGUUGCAACUCCUCCAAGCGGAAAUGGCGCGUCUGUAUGUGGAGCAACCACCCCGGCCGGAGACCCAACUGCUUCUGGAGGAGCUUCAGCUCAGGGAACACCAACUGAUCCUUCAAAUCGAUAACCUACAACGGGCCGGGAGCACUCCCAGGCUGGCCAUUAAUCUGACUGCCGAUUUUGAGAAUCUUCAGCACAAGCUGGACGACUUGAAGCACCAGCUGGAGCUGCUGGACGGACGCUUCGCCUCCCAGAGCAAGCAACUGGAGGCUGAGCACACGCCGGCUCCAGCUCCGGCUGCUCCCUCGCCCGGACUGGGCUCCUUUCUCUGGGGACCACUGCUGACCAUGCCCGAGUUUCCUCAGGGGAACGUGGCCGGCGAUCAUCAGCACCAACAUCCACAUCCACAUCAGCCUCAGCAUCAGCAGGACCAGCCCCAGCAUCAGCCGGAAACUGGGAAUCCCUCGAUAAUCAAGCGGGUUAUAGACAUGCUGCGGCCUUCGGUGGGCGUGGCUGGUUUGCGGAGUCGCUGGGCGGAGUCGGACAAGUCAGCAGGAUCUAUAGGAGUUUCGGGCAAGACUGCCUCGUCGUCCUCUGGAGCCAAACAGCCUCUGAGUGCCGAGGAGUUGCUGCCCCAGUUGCAGGAGCAACGACGAUUCCUGGACGAUGCCAUCACUCGUUUAGAGCUCCUGGCGGCCAAAAAUAAAUUUAAAAAAUCCUAA